UUUGAAAUCCUUGGCUCCCUUCAUUGCUGUAGAGUGGUCUCCAUGGAGGAGAAGGAGAUCUGUGAGCUCCCCGAGAUUACAUGAACAAGUGUGUGUGUGUGUGUGUGUGUGUGUGUGUGUGUGUGUGUGUGUUGUGCAUUGCUUUGCAGAGAGGCGAUGGCUUUCUGUGGGUUUUCAUUGGAGUUUGCUAGAAGGAUGAGCUCUGGGGGAGGAAAGUGAGAAUUUUAAUGAACAUUGGACCCAAGUUUCUGGUUCCUGAAAUGCAGCAGAAAUCUGCUUCCUGAUCCCAUGCCUCAAAUCUCUGCCCACCCCUGGUCUGACCUGGAAACAUCUCAGAACUUUGGAAAUGAAAUCCGAGCCAAAUCCACAGGAACACACUCAGGUUUUCCUGCCUCUCCUCACCUUCUGCAAGGCCUUAGGUGUGUGAGGAAAAUGGGCUGUAUCUAGGGUGUGCAUGGCUUUAUGGAACAGAGAGAACCCUCCCUCCUGCUGGUCUGAGCUCUUUUGGGGCUCCCUGACAGUGUGGGAAUCCAGGUUUGGGGAGCUGCUGAGGCCUCCUUGCAAGGGCUUCAAAGAACCCAUGACCCUUGGGGGGCCCCUCCCCAUAAAUACCUGGAUGUGUAGUGCCUAGAAAUUGUACUUAACCUUUAAACCCUGUGGAUGCUGCUGUGGGGCCCAUAAAGGGACUAAUCAAAGUGUCCCUAGUGUACUUCUCUGGAUAUGCCACAACAAGGGUACCAAGCCAUGUCCUUCCUCUUCCCCACAAUGCUAGGAGCCCUGCCGAGGGCAUCAGUGAGUGAGUCCUGAGACAGGCUGAGGUUAUUGGAGACAGCCGUGCAGGGUCUGCCUUAGAUCCUUGGCUUCUCUUCUGUGCAAAGCAAGGGAAAGGAAACCUCUGCAUACUGAGGGCAAACAAUGAGGUCCACUUGGGGGUAGGCCAAGGACAUCUUUGCUUCCUCACCUGCCACCCAGAUAGCCCAAGUAAGUAUACCCGGCUCUCCAGGGACUCGGGGAGUCUGAGAGCCCCUCCACCUCCAUGCUCCUGAGCACUGCCUCAGGCUGCUGGGGCCCCGUGAGUUGUGCCUUGUAGCUGUGCUUGGAGUGCGAGGCGUGCACACCUGUGCAAGGAUCGCUCCAGCCUCCAGCGAACAGCUCCAAAUGCACCCAGCCUGGAUAUGUGAGGUCAGAGGAGGGUGUGGGCACCAGGCCCUGCUUCUCCCACUGAGCUCCUCCCAGCUCCCCCUUGGUCUUGUGCAAAGAGGCUCAAACAUUGGCAGGUCCCCACCACUCCCAGUCUCCCUCCGCCUCUGCGAACCUCAUGCUGUCACUCAUCCCCUCAGUGGAAACAAUUGCCACUGUCAGGAAGAUUGAAGAGGGAUUUAGGUUCCAUAAUAAGAACUUGGCAUUUGGGGGAGAGCCAGACAUCCGGAGAGGUGAAGGAGGUUAAUUGCCUUAGAAAUGGCAAAGAUUCACACCAUCCACGCCAAUGGCAGCCUGCCCAAGCCGACCCUGUGGCACAAGAUGCACAAUUAUUUCACGCUGGUGAAGAAUGAGAUCCACCCAAGCCUCUCUGCAGAUGUCCCUAAGUUGGAGGUGUUGGAAUGGGAGCUGGCCUGGCUGAAGGAACACUUGUCCCAGCUGGAUUCCCCGGUGGUGUUCUGUCACAAUGACCUGCUCUGCAAGAACAUCAUCUACGAUAGUGCCAAAGGUCACGUGCGGUUCAUCGACUACGAGUACGCGGGCUACAAUUACCAGGCCUUUGACAUUGGCAACCACUUCAACGAGUUUGCAGGUGUGAAUGAGGUGGACUACAGCAGGUACCCGUCGCGGGAGACCCAGCUGCAGUGGCUGCUCUACUACCUGCAGGCACAGAAGGGGACAGCUGUGACCCCCAGGGAGGUGGAGCGGCUCUAUGUGCAAGUCAACAAAUUUGCCCUGGCAUCUCACUUCUUGUGGGCUCUCUGGGCCCUCAUCCAGAACCAGUACUCCACCAUCAACUUUGAUUUCCUCAGGUACGCAGUGAUCCGAUUCAACCAGUACUUCAAGGUGAAGCCUCAAGUGUCAGCCUUGGAGAUGCCAAAGUGACAGUCUCCCUCUUCCUCCCCUGCCCAUCCGCCUGGCCAGACCUGGUCUCCAGGGCUUGGUUCUGCUCUGGGGUCUGCACCCUUGGACAAGGUGGGAGAGGGGCCAGGUGGGUGUCCAGGGAGAAGGCCACCAGUGGAUGCCACUGAAGACCCCAUUCUCCUGUUUGGUGGGGCUGAUAGGACCCAACUGUGGGGGUCCCCUUCACCUCGCCAGGCUGGGGAGGAAGUGCCUGCACACAGCCAGGGCCUGGACCGGAACCACCCCUGGGAAGCACACCGUUCCCAGCCCUAGGCCUGCUGGUAUUGGGGCUGCCUUAGAUGUUCUUUGACCCUUCCUGGCGGGGGGAAAGGGAGGGCUCCUUUCUACCUCCAGCGCCCUGGCCGGUCCCCCUGCAUGCCCCACAUGGGAGGUGCUGAGCCCCAAACCGGCAGCAUGCCAAUCUGGCAGAAGGAUGUACCUGUCUUGAGGAUGGAGGGGUGGUCCGCCAGCAGCUGCCUCCUGAACCCCCUCCCGUUCUCCACACUGAUUCCCUCCCAUCACCCUCCUGAGCCUCAGCUGUCUGUCCCUCUGCAGCCUGCUGGGAGAGGAAAGGGAGCCGGUCAUCAGCCCUGGGUCUCAAAGCCUGGCUCUGCUUUGUGCUGUGGCCUGGCCCAAGGGGAUCAAGCCAAGGGUGGGGUGGCAUGAACCAGAAGCAGCCUCCUGCCUUGCUCCCUCCCGUGCCCUCCAGGCCUCCCUUCCCAGGAUCUGUCUCUCCAUCUCUACCUUCUGUCCUAAAGUCAGCUCCAGGUCUUCCCACCUGGGAGUGACAGGUGGGAAUCAAGGAGCGGAGGGCCAGGGACCUCCCGGCUGGGCAUUUCGGAGCCUGCCCAGACCAGAUCUUGAAAGGUGCUGACUGAGCUGGGUGUCCUUAACACCCAACAGCUCCCACCUCCCUCUGUCCUCACAGCUCUGGGGACCCUCCAGGCUCUGGGCUCAUAUAGUGAUUCAUUUGUAAAUUAUCGUGGUUUUUCUGCAUUAAAAUGCUCAUUUCUGGA